CAGGAAGUGGAUUGAUUUUGCUCUUCCUUCCUAUCGGGGUUGCUACCAUGGCGACGCUGCUCCGAGUGUCGCGGCUCCCCUGCCUACCACCCCGAUCGCAGUUUGGAGGAGGUCGCCUGAUCUCGUACUCGGCGACUCUCCCCGGCGGCCGCAGUCCCGGCCUAAACCUGCUCUACCCGGGCCACAUACCCACCAGCCCGCUACAGAAGGCCCUGCUAGCGGUCGGCGCUGCCUGCAUGGCGCUCUACGACCCCUACCGUCACGACAUGGUUGCUGUUCUGGGUGAGACCACAGGACACCAAGCUCUGAAGGCACUCAGGGACCAGAUGAGGAGGGACCCCGAGGGUGCCCAGAUCCUGCAGGAACGACCUCGGAUCCAGCUUUCCACCCUGAACUUGAACAAGCUCCGGAACCUACCAGAGGGUUCCUUUGGUUGGGAGUAUGCCCACUUUCUUGAUGUUAAUAAGGUAUCCCCAGACACCCGAGCACCCACCCGCUUUGUGGAUGAUGAGGAACUUGCUUAUGUGAUCCAGCGUUACCGUGAAGUUCAUGACCUACUCCACACUCUUUUAGGAAUGCCCACCAACAUGCUUGGAGAAGUAGUGGUUAAAUGGUUUGAAGCCAUCCAGACAGGUCUUCCCAUGUGUGUCUUAGGAGCUGCCUUUGGACCCAUCCGACUCAGUGCCAAGAAGCUGAAGGUGUUGACAUCAGAGUUGAUUCCCUGGGCAGUACAGAAUGGCCAAAACUCCCGAUGUGUCCUCAAUCUCUACUAUGAACAAAGAUGGGAACAGCCACUAGAAACCCUUCGGGAGGAGCUAGGCAUCAGCCCACCCCCUUCUGGGUGGACAGGCCGUACUCAGUCCCCAAACCGCUGAUCCAACAGGUUAUGCCACCCCAGUGACACUGGGCAAAGGGCUGCCCUACCCAGGACCUUUGCACUCUGUUCCCAGGGACAACUAGCUCCUGAUAAGAGGAAGAAGAGAGUUCAGCUAAAUGCAGUUGGGGAUAUGGGUAUCUCCUUAUCUGACAAAAGAGAUAUGGGAAUCAAAAGAAUCUACUUAUUUGUUCAGAAGAAAUCUCUUCAGUAAGCUUGAAGCAAUCCACUACUCCUAUGUAAGUGGAACUGAAUAUGCUCAGUACAGAGAAUUCUAUUGAUUUCUCAGGCAUCCAUGGCCCCAUGAAUUAAUUUACCCUUUAGUCACCCUGCUUUCUCCUGGAAGAAUUCCUUCUACUUCAUUUUCUCCCAUUAUUUUGCCGUCUCCUCUCCCCUUAUCUCCAAAUUCAAGAAUCUUUUUGGCUAGUUUGAUAAGAAAGAAGGCUGUCAACUUUCUGGAUCCGGAAGUGGUAUAAAGAGGGAUUGUUUUCAUGGUCUUAAUAAAUCCCUCUUUUGGACUCAGAUUAUUUCUUUCUCUUCUUUUUUUUGCCAGAUAGAUUGCUGUCAGUCGACCUCACUCCACCAUUUGAUCUUAAAGAAAAAGACAACAUUUUGCUUCUCCCUGUUUUCUAGGUUUUCUCUCUUCUUCAUCCGUACAAUAGCUGUGCUGGAGGAUUUGGGUGAAGGUUUCAGGGUCUGUCUAAAGGGCAUUGAGCUAGCAUUUUCCUUACAUGAGAGCCAGAAAGUAAAGAAGGGAAAGAGAGGUUGGUGAAGAAUAUGACUGAAUACAUGGAACAUCUUUUGCUCUGGGUCCCUUUUGAAAUUGGGAAUAGGGGACAGGUGUCUACACAAAGCCAGACUCUGGCUACCUGUCCUUAUUGGGUGCCAUAAGGUUUAUUGUCUAGUUACUGCCUACAACUGUAACUCACCUGCUUGAAAGCCCUCUUAGCACUUCUUGGAAAGUUUAGAGUAAAUAAAAACCACAUCUCCUUAAUUCAUGCUUUGAAGUGCUCUUUUAAGACUUUCAAGGUAAUUUUUCAUACAUAGCUCAUUUAAGAUGCACAACAGCCCCACAGAUAUUUUAGAUAUUAUUCCCAUUUUACAGAUAAAGAACGAUGCUGAGGCUUAGAAAGAUUAAGUGACUUGCCACUGUUUAAUAAAUAUCAGAGGCAGAAUUCAAACCCAAGAGUCCUAGACUAAGGUUCUUUACAUCAUAACAUACUUCCCUACUUCACACAGAAGGUGUGAACCAUUAAAAUUAGGGAUCUCAUAAUUCUUAAGAGUUGGUACAGAAAGGUCACCCAGGGACUAGAUGAAUCUAAUCAUAAAAUAGAAAUAAAGAUACAAAUUGUUGGAGAAACAUUAAUUGCUCAUGAGUAGGUCAAGCCAACAUAAUAAAAAUGAUGGUUCUAUCUAAUUUAAUUUGUGUAUUCAGUAAUCAAACUAGGGAAAUACAUAAAUUAAUAUAAAGGGAAAAAAGGCCAAGAAUCUCAAAUAUAAUGAUGAAAAAAGUGGUCUAUCAGCAGCCCUCUCAAACAGUACUACAAAAUAAUAAUUAAAAUGACAUGGUACUAGUUAUUAAAAAAAAAAUCAGAACAGAUCAGGUUCACAACAUGGAAAUAAAUAAAUACAGUAUUUGAUAAGCCCUGGGACAGUCACUUAACUGCUGUUUAUCUCAGUUUCCUCAACUGUAAAAAUAUACCUUGCAAAGUAGUUGUAAGGGUUUAAUAAAAUAUUUGUUAAAAAAUGCUUAGCAUAGUUCUUGGCACACAGUGGACACUAUAUAAACAUUUACUCUCUUCCUUUUGUUUCCCUUUCAUUCCCUUCCUUUUUCUUCCUCUUUUUCCAAAGAUUCCAGUUACUGGAAUUUCCUAGUUACUAGGGAAAGGACUCACUGCUUAACAAAAUCUAUUGAGAAAACUGGACAGCAAUCUGGCAAAAAUUAGGUAUAGACCAACAUCUCAUACUAUACACCAAGAUAAGGUACAAAACUGAUCCAUGAUUCAUGAUCCAUGAUAUUAAAAAUCAACAACAAAUGAGAGAAAAAGGAAGAAAUUACAUUUCAGAUUAACAGAUAGGGAAAGAUAACUAAAUGUGAUAGGUCACAGAGGACAAAAUGGACAGUUUUGAUUAUAGCACAUAAAAUAUGAAAGAUUUUGUACAAACAGAUCUAAUGUAGAAAAACGUAAAUGGAAACGGGAAAAUGACUAUUAAUAAUUAUUAAUUUUUUAGUGGUAAGGAAAUCUAGAGUUGUUUCCCCUUUCUAUUUCCUCAUUCAAAGCCAAUUUCCUGAGAAGGACUGAGCCCAGUAAUAUCAAUACUAAAUAUAUAUAUGCACUAAGUGAUGUAGCCUCCAAAUUCCUAAAGGAGAAGUUAAGAGAAUUGCAAGAAGAAAUAGACAGCAAAACUUUACUAGUGGGGGAUCUCAACCUUGCUCUAUCAGAACAAGAUAAAUCGAGCCACAAAAUAAAGAAGUUAAGGAGAUAGAUUUUUGAAACGGUGCAUAUGAUAUGCUUUUAGAGAAAAUUGGGGAUGGAAAGGAAUAUACUUUUUUCUCAGCAGUAUAUGGAAUUUACACAAAAAUUGGACCAUGUCUUAGGGCAUAAAAACCUCAAAAUCCCAUUUGGAAAGGCAGAAAUAGUAAAU